AGGGUUUGAAGGUCUUACAAAGCCGUGUGUUUGUGUGGUGUCGGACAAAAAGCGGUAGUUGUCACUUUGGUUCCAACAGAGAAGAGAGUGAGAGAGCGCCUGCUGCGGGAUAAGCCUCAACCAAAUUCACCCAUUCAAAGGACUUUCUCUGUUCUUUGAGGUUUCUGUUCCAAUGGUCAACCCCAAGUUGAAGAACAAGCUUUGACAGUGACGGGUCGCUAGUCUCAGGCGCAUUCCACUCUACACUUGAUUUUCUGGCCCGGAAUGGCAAACACAAUUCCGUCAUCAUCCUCAAUUGCUGCUAUGCUAAUCUCACCCACCCCUGUACAUUCUUCUCAGAUUAGAUCUGGAGAUUCCCUUCUUGCUAAUUGUACUCCCUUUGCCUCAUUAAAGCUAUAACCUUUUUCUUGGAUCUUUCACAUUCUUUUCGCCAUCUACCCCCGCUGCUAUUUUUUUGAAAUAAAAACUUCGAAAUGCUCUGAACUUUUUGUUAUAGCUGCCUUUUGUCCAAUAUGCACCCUUUCGGCACUCUAGCCUUGCUGUUCUUGACUUCAUUCGGGGUUCUCGACUUUCCUGCGGUGCACUCCGGCGACGCCGACGCUCUGCUGGCGUUGAAAUCUGGGUUUGACCCGUUGAACUCGCUCGUGGAUUGGGUGGGGAGUGGAGUUGGGAGUGUUUGCCGGUGGCGUGGUGUGAAGGAGUGCAUGAAUGGGAGGGUUACUAAGCUAGUGGUGGAGCGGCUCAGCCUGAGAGGCGCGGUGGAUGGACGGAGCUUGAGCCGGUUGGAUCAGCUCAGGGUGUUGAGCUUCAAGGACAACUCCCUCUCCGGCGAAAUCCCCUCCUUCGCCGCCCUCCCCAACCUCAAAUCUCUCUACCUCAACAACAACAACUUCACCGGCGGAUUCCCGGAGAGCCUCACCCGCCUCCACCGCCUCAAGGUCAUUGCUCUCUCCGGUAACUCACUCUCCGGCGAAAUCCCUCCGUCCAUUCUCCGCCUUUCGCGGCUUUACGCGCUCUACCUGCAAGACAACCGAUUCACCGGAGAAAUCCCGGCACUGAACCAGACGACCCUGAUAUUCUUCAACGUCUCCAACAACCGGCUCUCCGGCAGAAUCCCGACCACGCGUGCGAUAUCAGUUUUUAACGAAUCGGCGUUCUCCGGGAACCCCGAGCUCUGCGGCCUGAAGUUAAAUAAAGAAUGCCCGAAUCCGGGCCCGGGAAGGGAACCGACGUCGAAGCAUAGGAGAAGGAACCGGAGGGUGUUGUUUCUGCUCGCAUUUUCAAUCGCAGGUGGAGUACUUGUACUGCUAGGCAUGGCUAUUGUGAUAGGGAUCUGUUUGAGAAGGAGAGGAAGGAGGACGGGCGAAGGGAAGAGUAAAGGGGCGGCGGCGGCGGAGGGGGGCAGUGGCAGGGGCGGUAAUAACGGGAGGAAAGAUGGGUCAUUUUCGUGGGAGGAGGGAGGGGGAGUAGGGACGCUGGUGUUCUGCGGGGCAGGGGAUCAGCAAAUGAGGUACAGCUUGGAGGAGCUGCUGAAGGCGUCGGCGGAGACGCUGGGGAGGGGCACGAUCGGGAGCACGUACAAAGCCGUGAUGGAGUCCGGGUACAUCGUGACGGUGAAGCGGCUGAGGGAGUCGAGGUACCCCCGGCUGGAGGAGUUCCGGCGACACGUGGACAUCCUGGGCAGCCUCCGGCAUCCCAACUUGGUCCCACUCCGAGCGUAUUUCCAGGCUAAGGAGGAGCGCUUGCUCGUAUAUGAUUAUUUCCCCAAUGGCAGCCUUUUCUCUCUCAUUCACGGAUCAAGAGCUUCCAGUGGCUCAAAGCCUCUUCAUUGGACAUCCUGCCUGAAAAUCGCCGAAGACGUGGCUACCGGAGUCCUCUUCAUCCACCAGAACCCCGCUCUCACUCACGGAAACCUAAAAUCUUCAAACGUCCUUUUGGGAUCCGACUUUGAAUCUUGCCUCACCGAUUACGGCCUCACUCCAUUCAGAAAUCCAGAUUCCCUCGACGAAUCCGGUGCUACUUCCCUCUUCUACCGACCUCCUGAAUGCCGGGACCCGCACCGCCCUCUCACCCAGCAUGCCGACGUCUACAGCUUCGGCGUCCUCCUCCUCGAACUCCUCACCGGGAAAACUCCGUUCCAGGAUCUCGUCCAGGAAUACGGGUCCGAUAUUCCCAGAUGGGUGCGUUCCGUCCGGGAAGAUGAGACCGAAUCUGGCGAUGAACCCGGGGCCGCCUCUGGCAUUGGCGCUAGCAAUGAGGCAUCCGAUGAGAAGCUGACCGCUCUUCUUAACAUCGCAAUGGCGUGUGUGUCGGUCGUGCCGGAAAACAGGCCCACGAUGAGGGAGGUGCUGAAAAUGGUGAGGGACGCGAGAGCAGAAGCUCAAGUGUCUUCUAACAGCAGCGAUCAUUCACCGGGGAGAUGGUCGGACACUGUUCAAAGCCUGCCCAGGGAUGAAAAUUUGAGCAUAUGAUCCGAAUGCAAGCUUUGAAUGGAUGAUGAUGAUGACUAGAGAUCAGAGUGCCCGCAUUUUCAUCUUCUUUUCCUUUCUGCUGAGGUUAUGAAUUUGUUAUUCACUAGGAGGAGUUAGUACCCGUUUUCAUGUUUACUUUGUAACUAACCUGAGCUAUUUUUUUUCUUUUACGCUUCAGUCACAUAGGUAAUUUCGUCCCAUAAUCCAAACAGUACCAAUAAACUACAAUCACAUUUUACUCAGUUGCCAGCCAGGAUUCAGAAAUCUUCUGACGUUUUUACUUGGAC